AUGUCCCGCGCCAACAAUGCCAAGUUCAAAGCCCUGGAGCGGAUCAGCGACGGCAAGGAUGCCAGAUCGUCCCUUCAGAUUUGCAUCCAGGAUCUCAACCAACAACAGGUGGCCAAAGUGUACCUGCGCAUGGUGGAGCAUUUGGAUGAGUCGCUGAGUCAGGUGGACAUCUCUGAAAAGGUGACCCCGUUUGUUGAGACAACGAUUCCGGCAGAGAUCGACAAGCAGGUUCGCUUCGUGCUGGAUGAACAGCGUCCCAAGAGCAGUGCUCAGAGACUUUUCGACACCAUCCGACGCAAGAAGAACAGCAUUAAGCGGACCGAGGUGAGACAACGGCUCACACUGAAGAGGGCGUACGAGCCGGAGGGGUUGAUGGCCUUCCUGGAAGACGUUGGUCUCAUUGACAAGUCUGCAGCAAAGAAGAAGGCCAUGCAUUACACCGCUUUCUACAACCGUGUGGAGCGAGGAGUCCACAGCUGGAGGCGGGAAGAUGACGAUGGCACGGAGUCCAAGGAGUUGGUCGUUGACUCAGCAGAUGUUGAAGACUUCGUCCGCGAGCUGGUUCAUGGACAGAUUUGGUGGGGUGCAAUGGAAGAGAUCCUCAGGAACAUUGGUUUUCCUCUUGCCUCCGAGAAGAACAAAUCCGAAUCCAACCUCCUGACAAGGGAUCAGGUUAUGCUCCAGUUUGAGAUGGCUGCGGCCAAGGACGGUAUGCUCCCGAAGGAUAAGUUCUUGGACUUCUUGCGGAAGGUGUCCAUGGCAGAUGUAGCGGACGGCGCAGCCGGGCGUCUUUGGAAAGCCCAGAUGGUGAUGCUUUUGCAGCAUCUCAACAUCUGCGGCUUUGUGGGCAAGUCCCUGGACAAGGCGGAGAAAGAUGCAGAUGUGGCAGAUGAUGGUCUCCGCGAGAUGGGUGCGCAGAAGUGGCCCGGCUGGCUCGAGCAAGCUUGGGAGAAGGUGGCUCCUAAAAUCUCAGAGCAGAGUGAUGCCCGGCCGUUUGUGCCUCGUACCCAGAUCUAUAAGUUCGUCAAGUCGGUAGCCUUCUCCGCGGAAGAGAAGAGCCGUGACAAGAGCGAGGAGUGGAAGGCGAUGAGGGUCGUGGACGAGGAGUAUGACACCUGGCGACUUCAGAAGGAUGAGAGCGAUCAUGCACGAAAAUACUACCUGUGGGUGAAUCGCGGAAAGAGCGUUCAGAGGCUUCGGGGAAUCUGGCACGAAGUUUUCCUUGACAUCCUCAGCAAGAUGGGAAGCCCAGUGCAGGAUGCGAAGCAGGGGUUGCUUCUCUUCCAGGAGGCUUUGAGGCAGCAGAGCAGAGUCACAAGCAGUUCUGUGGUGGAGGAAUUCGAGGGUCUGCUGUCCGUGGACUUCCUGGUGAACAUCUGGAUGCAGAAAGCACUUGUGGAGAACACGGAUGAAGUCUCCCUGCAGAUCUUCAAGGAUGCCUUGGACAAGGCAGAGUUCACGCUCCCCACAUCAUCAGUUGAAGCGCUCUGGUACGCUGCAGACAAGACAAAGUGCACCCACCCGUCCUUGCGCCAGGUGAAGGACCUCGAGGAUCGGCUGGUGAUGUAUCUGGCCAGCGGAAUGUUCUUCGAGUCGGUCCGCACGCUGAUCACGAAUGAGCUGCAGGUGCCCACGCUGCACUCGCUGGACCCCAAGGAGAUCAAAGCGGCGUUCAAGCAGGUGGAUGAGAAGACGGGCUGCUGCGGCAUCAUUGACCCUCAUGAGGUCCAAGCAUCCUUCCAGCAGCUCCACAUGAAUCUGGAUGCAGAAGCUAUCCAAGAUGCCUUCAUGAUGGACGCAUCAGCGAAUGUGUUCGUGAAAGGGAACCUUUGUGGUCUCUAUGGCCCUCGGCUCUAUUCCAUGCAAUUGGCAAGCAACUCACAGUACAUCACAGUACAGGAGUUCCUGAGCUUGAUUGACAAGCUGGUGGACCAAGUCAUCCCAGAAGCCAUCUUCGAGUACAUGGGCUUGUUGCGGCACCAGAUGCUUGCCUGCCGUUGCAACGUUGUUUCCCUGAACGCCUUCCAUGUGAACGUGGGAUUGGCCUUGCUUGGGCUCCGAAAUGACAACUCCCCGGAGUAUAUGGAGAAGCAGUACAACAUUGCCAGGGUUGUGAUUGGGUUCGGAGGGGCCUUGAAGGGAGUUUCCAUACUGAGCGCCCCACCAGACGACCAAGACCUCAAGUCGAGCGGUGCUUCAAACAUGUUUGGGGCGAAGGGCCGCUUUGCGGCCAGGCGUGGCGGCGGCGGCGGUGGCAUGCUUGGAAAGGAGGAGGAAGAGGAGGAUGAUGCCGGUGGUGACCUUUGA